GAUGAAAAUAAUGAAUAAAAUGGUUGAUCUGGUUGUUUGUUUGUCGAAUUCGGUUGAGAUGAACAGAUGAUCAAUGAUUUUUUAUGAUAAAAAAUAAAUUGGUUGCUGUAAAAAACGCCCCUUCAACAGUAUCGCCUGUUUAUUUUGCAAUUUCAAUUUUCUUCUCUGUAAUUUUGUUUUUGCAGCUUUGAAGCUGUUAUUUAUAUACCUUUUUUAAAUUGAAAAUAUUUUUUAUGGUUAUUCUAUUCGCUUCGGACCGAAGCCCUCGGUGGUUGUUAAAUUAUUAAACCAUUAUUUAUUCAUCUUAUUCUUAUCAUAUCAGUAAUGUAACAUAAAUCGAUAUGAGUAGUAAUAGUAGUGGUUUUAGUAGUAGCAAUGGCAUUAGUAGUAGUAGUAGUAGUAGAAGAAGCAGUAGUAGUAGUGGAUCGUUGCGGUUAUCGUUAUGUGCUAUCCUUUUUUUAUCUUUUUUAUUUAAUUUUUCUGGGACUGCUGCUGUUGCUGAUGAAAAUGGCUUAUGCCAAAAUGAUCACCCUUGCGAUACUAACAACCAAAAUACAGCAGACAAUAAUAAUGUUACCUAUAAGAAGUUAGAUGAGGCCCAAGUUACAUUCAUUUCACAUCUAAAGUUCAAUUCCUGUCUUGGAUUUGUAUCACAUGAUUGUUGGCUGUGUCCCUAUAAGAACAAAACAUUGCCUUCAGCCUCUAAUGUUACUCUUCUCUUUGACACCAAAUUCACCCAAACGUUCGUUAUAUUCAAUGGCUCCUCUAACUUUAGCAUAUUCAUAAGUGCCGAAGAUUUUAAUUUGGAGAACCAGGCCGAGUAUUUCUACGAGAUAUUCGAGAAUGCAACGUCUGCAAUGAGCAAAAACGAAGGAGUGAACGGUGAAGAAGGAAGAAAUGAUGGAGAAAGAGUGAAUGAAGUUAGAGAUGAUGGAUUGCUGUUGUUGUACGUGCGAGAAAAACCACGAGUCAAAUCCAUUGACGCAUUCAGAGGGUUAUCUUUAAUAUUGAUGAUCUUUGUAAAUUGCGGGGGCGGAGGUUAUUGGUACUUCCAGCAUUCCACCUGGAAUGGCCUGACUCUGGCCGAUGUCGUGUUUCCAUGGUUCGUCUUCAUCAUGGGUAUGACCAGUGUAGUAUCGACCGGUGCCAUGUUACGGAAGGGCAAAACUAAGUGGUUGAUAAUUAGGUCAUCCGCAAUUAGGUCACUCACCUUGUUUGCUAUUGGUCUGGUUCUGUCCAAUCAGAAUUGCUCAUACUUAAGUAACUUGAGAAUAUUUGGAGUGCUGCAGCGGUUGUCGAUUGUCUACUUCUUUGUGGCUGUCGUUGAAGUCGUCUCGCAACAUCGAGAACGUGUCGACGUUUUUGUGGGAAGAUUUAGGAUGAUGUUUAGAGACGUAGAGGAUUAUUGGAGGGGCUGGAUUGUCGUGAUCACGUGCAUCGCCCUUCACACAUGCUUGACCUUCACCCUGCCUGUUCCCGGUUGCCCAAGGGGCUACCUGGGACCAGGGGGUUCACACGAUGGUGGCCGGCAUGAGAUGUGCGUGGGUGGAAGUGCCGGAUACAUCGAUCGCAUCAUAGUUGGGAGCAGCCAUAUGUACCAGCGGUCAGCCAUCAAGAGAACCUACAAAUCAAAACAACCAUUUGACCCGGAGGGGAUUUUAGGCACCCUCAGCGCUCUGGUGCUCUGUUGUCUCGGGGCACAGAUGGGCCGAGUGUCGACAUUCUACGGUGGAUACAGGAGCAAGCUGGUGAGAUGGAUGACGUGGGCUGUCCUGCUGGGCACCUUAGGUCUCUCCUUAUGCUCCUUCCGGCAAAAUACAGGGCCCAUCCCACUAAACAAAAACCUGUGGUCACUUUCGUUCACACUGACCACUGCCUCCUCUGCCAUCUUCGUUUUCAUUGGCCUGUACAUUUUGAUUGACAGGCUGGCCCUUGUCAGCGGGGCCCCGUUUAUUUAUUUAGGUAUGAAUUCGUUGUUAGUGUACGCGGGUAGCAGUCUAUUGAAUGGUAGCUUCCCAUUCAAAUUCUACCUGGCCGCCAACGCCACUCACAGCCACCUUCAACCGCUGCUGCUACAUCUUUGGAAUGUUCUGCUAUGGUCGCUAAUCGCUUAUGUUUUGUUUUUUAAAAAAAUAUUUGUUGCCCUGUAAAAUCUUUUUUUUUAAAUUUUAUUUUGUAAUAGUUGGAAAGAUUGUCUGCUGUUGAGUGUUUUUUGAUAUUUUUUUGUUUUGAACUGUUUUUAGCUUAAUUUGUUUCAUUAACCAAUUCGUUUCAUUGAUAACGUAAAUUACCUAGUUAAUGUACGUGAAUGAAUGAAUGAAUGAAUGAAUGAAUGAAUGAAUGAAUGAAUGAAUGAAUGAAUGAAUGAAUGGAAUAAAUGAAUGAAUAUAAAUAUAACUUGUUUACCUUGAA